AUGGAAGUUGGUAACCCUUUGUUGAACGUCACUGUUCUCCCAGACCCUAUUAAAGGGAAAAGCGACAAGCGGAAAUACAGGCAGCUUCGCCUUCACAACGAGAUUGAGGUGAUAAUAAUUCACGACCCACUUACGGACACUGCAAGUGCUUCGCUAGACGUCGCUGUGGGAUCGUUUAUGGAUCCGCCUCACCGACCUGGACUUGCUCAUUUUUUGGAGCAUCUUCUUUUUAUGGGCACAGAAAAGUUUCCUGAUGAGGCAGAAUAUCAAACCUUUCUUUCGGAACACGGCGGCUACUCCAAUGCAUACACGGAUGACGAGCACACCAACUACUUCUUUGAUGUUGCAUGGCCAUUUCUAGAACCAGCCCUGGAUAGGUUUGCUCAGUUUUUUGUUGCGCCGCUCUUCAGUGCCUCGUGCACGGCUCGUGAGCGCGAUGCGGUGCAUAGCGAGCACCAAAAAAACAUCUCGGAUGACGAGUGGCGUCGUGAGCAGCUCCUCAGGACACUGGCCGACAAGUCACAUCCUUUCCAUGGUUUUGGAACCGGUAAUGCCGAAACCCUUUCUGGAGAGUCCGUCCGUGACGAAAUCAUUUCUUUUUAUUACACACAUUAUCGACCUGCCCGUAUGCGUCUUGCGGUGUUGGGCCGUCAGCCGUUGGAGAUUCUCAGCGGUUGGGUGGUAGAACUCUUCUCUGCCAUUGGGGCUCGCAAUGGGGUAGCCUCUGAGACGCUGUUGUCCGUUUCAGAACUAAAUCUUCCAAUUGCAGCGACCCCAUCAUCAGUCUCAAAGGAAAGUUCGAUUGAUUGCGCAAAAUCCACGCCAUCUUCUUGCACGAGCAUUCAAUGCCCAGGUCCUGCUCUGCCUAUUCUUGGAGAGGCACGCCUCACUCGGAUGCUUUGUAUAAAACCGCUCCGCAGGCUAGAAUUACACUGGACAGCGCGAGAUGUCCGCUUAGUCUGGCAACAUAGACCGCUUGAUUUACUUGCUGAGUGGGUUGGAGACGAACGCCCCGGAUCUCUGUUAUCAUAUCUAAAAUCUGCGCGGCUGGCCUCAUCACUUGAAGUUGGCGUGCAGGAAUUUGUGGGAUUUUCAACUUUCCAUGUCUCAUUUGAGAUUACACAAAAAGGUCUAAAGCAAUGGAAAACCAUUGCCCAGCUAUUCUUUUACUGGCUACGCUUCGUUCUUGGCAAAAUGGACGUGCCAAAGCCCGUAGGCCGCUCUAGUAAUGAUGGCGAUUUUGGACUUUUCAGCGAGAAUUGUUGUACAAAGCCAUUAGAUGGUUUUGAUAGUCAAAGUGACCGCGACACAUCUCCUUUAUUUGCUAUGCGCUGGGCAGAACUCUCUGCAGUGCGUGCACAAGAGUUUGACUUUCUGGAUCGGAUCCAUCCGACAAGCAUGGUUUAUGAGCUCACCGUGGCUAUGCACCGUUAUCCGCCUGCAGAACGGUUACGUGGUCAUGCAGGCUGGAUGUGGGCAAUGCCUAGCCAAGCAUUACUUUGCGAACUCGCUGAGCAAGAUCUGACUCCAGCCCGCUGUCACAUUAUGUUGCUCACAGGCGAUGAAUGUUUGCACGAAGAAGGGGAGGUUUGUUUGAAUUCUGACGAAAAUCCUCAUUUGGCUUUAAGUGAUGGUUUCUCUACUAACGCUGAAAGCGAUAUGGACGAGCAAGAAGAAAGGAGCGAUAUUGAGUCAGAACAAGAAGAAAGGAACAAUGAGGGGUCAGAGCAAGCGGUAGAAAGCGUGAUGAGGGAAUGUUUAACUCAAUUCCCUGAAGUAGAGCCUUGGUAUGGCACACGUUAUGCAACGUGUCUCCUAGAAGCCAAAGAUAUUGAGAUGUUACAGUCUAUGCAUGGUUGCCUUCCAGUGCCUGCAUUUCGCCUACCAGAGCGUAAUCCAUUCAUUGCCACAGCCUCUGAACUUGAGGUUGUUGCGGAUGGAGAGACCUCGCCUUUACCGAAAGAAAUUGCUCCUGGGCUCUGGUUCAAGCGUGACGAUCGCUUUGGACUGCCCAAAGGCAUUCUGUUUCUCUUUUUGCGCCAGUCUCAGCAGGGACAAAGCAGUGAAGAGCGCUUUGCUGAAUUGUUGCUCCGUGGUUCUCUAUUGCAGGAUUUGCUUGCAGAAGAGCUCUAUGACGCUUCUUUGGCUGGGCUCGAGUUUGAGUUUCGACGUUCAGGAGCCUCUGUGGCGUCUUCGAAAGCAAUCUCCACAGGCCUUGUAGUCCAAAUAAGUGGAUUUUCUCCACAUCUUUUGGAGAUGGCUAAACGUAUUGCCACACGUUGUUGUGAAGACCCAGCAACAUUUAAUUCUCGAGCCUCAGAGAUAGCAAUCACGAAGAGCAUGUCACUUGGCGAAGGUGAAUGUAGGUUUUCCACGGAACGUGAGCGCCUUCAGCGACGGCUGCAAGGGGAGUCAAAAGAGGCUUCUUUUAAGCAAGCUAGUGCCCUACUUUCGCUAUUGUUGACACCUACACACCCAGGCCCGGAUGCCGUUCUUCGAGUUAUCGAGGCCAUGGAUGAGCGUAAAAUACGUUUUAACCCAUUCGAUACAUUUGCUUCUCUUAUCCAUGGAAAUUUUACCGAAACUCAGGCACUUGAGCUUCACCGCUCCCUACUUGAUCUAGUCGUCGGCACCACUACAGAUGCACAUCGGCCAAGCAGAGAUUCCAUAUCGACCCUUUCGGCGCUACAUGCACCGAUCAGGCAACUUCCGGAAGGGCGCCCCGUACUAUUAGUACGAAGUGGUGUUCCCGGGCCCAACUGCUGCGUGCACCUUGGAGCCAUUAAGGCGGAAAAAAUCGCAUUACGGAACUAUGCCACUGCAUUGCUGCUGGCUCAAAUAAUGGCAGAGCCUUUCUCUGAUCAAUUGCGUACAAAAGAGCAGCUAGGGUACCUGGUGCGGGCUCAACCGCGCCUCGACGGCAAUGUACAUGGCAUUGAACUGGUAGUGCAAUCCAACGUAAAGGGGGCAGCUUUUCUUGCUCGCCGUAUUUUGGAAUUUGUCAAUGUGGAGCUAUUGGCAAUCCUGAAGGCUAUGCGGAGUGAAGAUAUGGAGCGUCACGGACAAGCGCUCAUUCAUCGAUUGCGAGAAGAACCUACGACGCUUUUAUCGGAAGCAUUGCCAUAUUGGGCCUCCAUUUGGAGAGGUGAUCAGCUCUUCACCCUUGCUGAGGAAACGAGUCAUCAAGUUUCGGAGCUUGCCUCGGAACGCAAUUCCGUCCUCAAAUUCUUCAAGGAACACAUGGUUGAACCUGCGCUACGCCGCAUUGCGCUGGUAGUGGUGGAGCCUGAAGAAUCUAGGGAUCAAGAGGAUACACAUGUGCGGGACCUGGUCAAUUUAGGAUUGCUGCAAGACCCCAUUGUGGUUAGCAUUGGGGCCGAAGAGACCGUUUCGAUGCACGACUCCUACUGCAGCGCUCUGGGAAGGCCAGACGCAUUCUUUUCAAGCUGA